UUUUUUUCGCUACACGCUAAAUUACGUCGCCAGUGGGAAGUUUUGGAGAUGGGGGACGUAGCUGCAGAUCUGAGCAGUGUUUGUUUUGAAAGCGGACUGAAUGACGAAGAGAAAAACUUACUUUAUCUUCGUGCACGCUCGGCUGGACUGACGUUUUGUGGGUGCGCGCACGCAGCGUUCAUGUACGAGCUCGUCCACUCACUGAGAUGUGCUAUCAGAAGUCACACUGCCGACAGAGACCCAGCGGCCUCAACAGACGACUCAACAGAGGACAGGGACCUCUGUGUGGGGAUACUUGGGCUCGGUCACCUGGGAAAACAGCUACUGCUUUUCCUCCUUGAAAAGACCAGCAUCAAACCAUCACAUGUUAAAAUCUCCACUAGAAGACCAGAAGCAGCAGUGGAAUUUGUCCAGAGAGGAGUUGAAUGUUUCUUCGACAAUCGCAGACUGGCAGCGUGGGCAGAUGUUCUGCUCCUCUGCUGUCUGCCUUCUCACCUCCCCAAAGUCUGUGCUGACCUCCACUCUCGCCUGUCCAAGCACUGCCUCGUGUACACUUUCUCCUCCGCUGUUCCUGCCACCAGGUUAUCUGUACUUCUUGGACACGACUACAUCCUAAAGCCACAGUAUGAGUUUCUUACUUGUGAUGCUGCAGACUUGUGGUUGUCCUGCACUCAGCUGACCACAGCUUUCACAGAUCCUUUGCUCAUAGAGGCGUCGUGUCCUCUAACAAUGAAAGGUGGCAUUUCCCUAGGUCUGAGCUGGGUGUGUGCAGUGUUGUACAGCCUGUUGAAUACCUGCACCUCCGCCAGUCUGAGCUCCAGUGAGGCUCUGUCUCUGAUAAACAACAUGUUUAAAGAGAAAUGGGAGAACACUGUGCAAUUUAACGCUCAGAGUUUCAUCAGUUCUUCUUACGCAGCUUCCCUUCCUUCAGAUAAGCCUUUUCCCUGGAUUUCUCUCACUGAUGUCCAGACCAAGGAGACACCGCUGCUGCGCUUUUUAUCAAGCAGUAAAUCUGUGCUGCAGUGCAUCUCUGCUGCAUACAAAUCCCAGCUGGAGACACCAGCAGAAUUACACAGAAACACCCCAAUGUAGAAGUCACCAUUACCUUACGUAUACACUUUUGAAAAUCAGUCAUUUUAGGAUUCUUAGAGUACACUUACAGUGUCGAUAUUUAAGCGCAUUAUCACUUUAAUGUCAAAUGAUUCAAAAUUGUAUCACCUUUCAUUCUUUGAAUUACUUCUAAGUUGAACAGUAGGGUGUUUACAUUUAUGUAAAAUUAAAAACUAGCCAUUUACAUAUACUAUGUUUAAAAUACAAGCAGCACAGUAGGACUUCAACGCAAUAAAAGUAGUAUACCUUACAUUACUGUGAUUCCAGUGUUGUAUUUUUUCAAUACUUUUUAUGUUCAUCUUUAUAUUUAAUGAAUCUUAGUGCUCCUCAGAUGUUCUUCAAAGACUGUUUUUUUUUAAGCUGCUCUUCGCCGGAGGGAUUUUGUUGCUCUACUUAUUUUCUCUUUGAAAUACCCUAAAGGUGUUCUGCUGGAUUUUAAUCAGGUGACACACUCAGCCAGAUCAUACUUUUACCUUCUUUAGAAACUUUUGUGUGCUAUUAUCAGUGUACUUUGCGUGCCUGUUCUGUCAAGCUUCUGCAGACUGGGAAUCACUUUAUCAGCCAGUAUUUUCUAUCUAUCCAUAAAUGUCAUCUUCCCAUUACCUUUAGCACUCAUGCAGCCCCAUACAGUACCAAAAAAUGUGCUCUCAGUAUUCAUCAGGCUUCUUUUCAUGUUUAGCAAAGUUUCAUUUUGCAAUUUUGUGCUAAAGAACAAACAAGAAGCCAGGUGUUUUUUCUUGGUUGCCGUCCACAGAGGCGCUGUCCUUCAUACUGUCUGAAUUGUCACAACAGCGCCAGUUUCCAAUAACCCCUGUAAAAUGUCUGAAGCACCUGCCUGUCAGUUUAUCAAAACUAGAUUAUGCAAGUAGUACACUGUCUGUGAUGUCCUGUGUGUCUCUGAUUGGUGGUACUGUGGCUAGUUCUGUACCUCUUGAUUACUGCUGCUGCUGUGUUUAGACAGUUUCACCGUUCUACCUGUAUCCUUUCCUGUAUAAACACUCAAUCCCAUUUUUCGAUUCCUCAGGCAGCUCUUAUGCAGCCAGACUUUUGAAAGUUCCGGGGUUGACAGAUAAUCUUUUGACGGUUUUUGCAAUAAGACUAAUUGGAAAUGUAGCUGUACUGUAAGUGAUCACUUGUGUUCCACUUAGUUCCUGCUUUGGGGUCUGCAUUUUUAAUACAAUCUCUCUAAAGUAUUUGUUUAUGAUAGUUCAUAAGGAGAAAUACUCAACUUGUCAACUUAGAAAUUAUACAAACAUGAGACGUGAUGCAAUUUUUGAUCAGUUGACCUUUAAGCGGUGCUGCUCCGGGCUGUAUUUACACUGUGUGGUGUUAUUAUUGUUUUUGUAAACAAUGUAGUUAAGAUAUGAAAAUAUUUUUACUAUGUAAAUGAGAAGUCGGUAUCUUCUGUAUUAUUCUGCAAAUGUAUUCUCAAUGGCA